UUCCGGUGAAUUUUCACGGAGCAGCCAGUCUCACUAUGGCCGCAAGCGCUCUCAGACGUGAAUUGUGCGUUGGCCCGAAAAAUAAAUCCUCUGUCUGCCAAUCAAUGAUGAAAUUGUGAUAUUGUGGGAAAAGUGUCUCUGGCCAGAACGACCACUUGCGUUUUUGGAAUCAUUUGUGAAUGCAAUCAGUGUUUUCCUUCCAUUUUUCCAAUUUUAUUUUGGUAGUGAAAAUUUGCAUUUAGCAGCGCGUGUGGUUCUCAUCCCAAGCCAAUUCUCUUUCUCCUGGAACCGCAGAAGAAGAGAAACGACGCAGUUAGAAAAGACAGACGACACUUUUUUCCAGCAUUUUCAUACAAUAUUUUGAUUUUUCUUCGGCAACAGAAGCAUUCUCUUUUGUUUUUUUGAAAGUCCUUUGUGGGAAAACAUUUUUUUGACAAUUUCUUUUUUCAAUCUGUGAGAGGUAAAUUUUGAGUAUUGUUGCUUUUUUCAACGCCAGCGACUUCAAAAGACACUGCAACUAUGAGACCAAGAAUUGAAAGCUCUAUUGGAGACGAUGCAAUGGAGGAUUGUGGUUUCUUAAAAUUCACCGAUAAUGACCUCAAGUCGUCCUUCCUUCAGGCUCUGACCACUAUGAGGAAACAUCGUCUGUUUUGCGAUGUUAUUCUCAAUGUUGGCAACACCGAUAUCCAUGCUCACCGCAAUGUUCUGGCAUGUGUUUCGCCGUAUUUGAUGGAGUUAUUUAGUGCUGAACAGGAGACCCAACAUGGCUCUGGAGAUGGAAGUAUUCCGAGUUAUCGUCUCAAUGGAGGCAUGAGUAAGAUUGCUCUGCAAAUCCUCGUGGAUUAUGCUUAUACGGCCACUUUGGAGAUUCCGGACAUUCUGGUGAAGGAUGUCUACUUGGCAGCCUGGAAGUUGCGCAUGGAUCGCGUUGUCGGCGAAUGUGCUAGGCACUUGAUCGCUGAAUUGACGCCUGAAUCAUGCAUUGAAACCCGGUCUCUACCGGGAAUAACCAAGAACAAGGCCUUUGUGCAGAAAGUGGACUCCUUCAUUGCCAAUCAGUUUGCUGAAGUGAACCAAUCUCCGGGAUUCCUGCAGCUACCAUGUGUUCAGAUCGAGGUGCUGUAUCAGACGAAGCAAGAAAUGUCCCUGGUGACUCAUAAUUCCUUGGCGCGUCUUGUUCUCGAUUGGAUUAAGCGUCAGUUGAGCGAGGAAUCCCUGCCAAUGCCGCAUCUUCUCGAGCGCAGUCACUUGCUGUAUCUGGCUCUGGACAAUUCUCUGCAGGAUUGUUCGGACCUUCCGCCUGGUCAUGAGUCAGAAUCCGAAUUGGUGCAGGAUUACAAGCGUCUGGUGCUCAAGUGUCCCAACAAUAAGGCCAGACGCAAGUGUCUGGCUGCCCCGAUGCGUCCCAGAGUUUUGAUCUAUUCCAGGGACAUUGGGGGCGAUCGGGAGGAGGUUGAGGGCAAUUUUCAGCCAGAUUGGAGUGUAUUGGGGAGUAUUAAAGUGGCUGAAAAUAUGUUUGUGUCCCUCGUGACACUGGACGGAGCUCUAACACGAAUCUCCAUUCAGCUGCGCCUCAAUGUGCCAGCAACAACUUCGCCCAUUCAUACGCCCGAUGCCCUGACUUUUGGCACCAAGAAUCCCACCGAUGUGGACGGUCCGGAACUUUUCUGCGAGGUGGCAAAUAUGUCUGGGCCAAAAUGUGGUCUGGGUGUUGCUGAACUCGAUGGCAAAUUGCUCGUCUGUGGCGGCUACGAUAGAGGAGAAUGCCUGCGUCUUGUGGAGGCCUACAGUCCGGAGGAGAAUAUCUGGAUGCAGCAGCCGAAUAUGAUUGAGGCACGUGGUCGUGUCCAGAUUGCUGUGAUUGCGGGAACAACAUUUGCCGUUGGCGGUAGCAAUGGUACCACUGAAUUGGACACAGUUGAGUGUCUUCCGGAGGGUGCAUCAAAGUGGCGCAAAUGCUGCAGGCUGCCACUGGCCAGGAGCAAUGCUGGAGUUUGUGCUCUGAAUGGGAAGGUUUACUGCAUUGGCGGAUGGAAUGGUCAGAGUGGAAUAAGGCAGUGUGAUGCUUUGAAUAUCGAUGAAGAUCGCUGGGAGAGUGUCCAUCCGUUGGUCACUGGACGCACUCAGGCAGGAUUGGCGGCAUUCAGGGGAAAAUUGUGGGCUGUUGGUGGAAGUGAUGCAUGGAAUUGUCUCUCUUCGUGCGAAGUUUACGAUCCCGAGGGGGAUCAGUGGACAGCAGCUGCGUCUCUCUUGACGGCUCGACGUGGUUGUGGCCUGGCUGAAUUCAAUGGGAAACUCUAUGCCAUUGGAGGAAGUGAUGGAUCACAUUCACUCUCCACCACUGAGAUUUACGAUGAGGAAAACAAAGUUUGGAUUCAAGGGCCAAAUCUCACGACACCUCGUUCAAAUGUCUCAGCUGUGGUUGUAAAGGACAAGCUUUAUGCUGUCGGUGGAUUUUCUGGGAAAACAUUCCUCAAUACAAUCGAAUACCUUGAUCCCAAUACCAACGAAUGGACCACUUUUGUGGCUCAGGCAGCUGCGGAGGAGGGAGCAAAGGUGGCUGAGGCGGAGGAGGAUGGUGUCAAUGGCAAGGAUAUGAAUGGAUCAUCUGUGACGACAAAUGGUUCCAAUGGCACGACAAAUGGCAAUUCUGAGGUCACAAAUGGCAUCAAUGGUCACAGUGACAGGAUCGUCAUCAAUGGCGAUGCCAUGGAGAGGAAAUUGUCCAUUGCAAAGGAGUACAAUAGCUUCGGGGAGGCCGUCAGUGAGGCUCACAAUGGCGAUGAAAUUGUUAGCAAUUGAUGAAGAGAAUGAAGGUAAUGAAAAAGCCAUAAUUUUGACACUAUAAGAAUUUGGUUUUUUAAUGGAUAUAAAUCAUAAUUUUCUAAUUAGAAAUAAUUGCUUGAAUUGUACGUAAAAAAAACAAUAAGAACUAGUGAGAUGGAAAUCUUAAUGAAUGUCGUCAACUAAUAUUAUUUGAAAGAAAAAACUUCAUAGUUCUUAAGGAAAAACACUUUACAAACUCUUACACUUUUACCUGGGGGAUCAUUUGUAGAGAAAAUUGCUGUAUUUCCUUUAAAAAAAACCAAGAGUCAGGAAAAAAACAGAAUUUUCAAAAGUUUUUAUGGUUUUCUGAAAAUUGAAAGUAAUUUUUGAAUUUGCCGCAACUUCAUCUGACAUUGCCUUCCUUUACAUUUUAUAAUUAAUAAUAAAAAAAUCAAAUAUCAAAAAUUUCAAAAUUAAUAUUCUCGAUAUAUUUUCGGUUUCAUCUUAAACUUCAGGAUGCAAAAAGGUAAAAUUUCAUAACCAUUCCUUAAAAUCUUCCCUAAGAAAUAAUAAGCCACGCCCACUUCUUUCAAAUUUCCUUAAGGAACCAAUGUUUAAUACCAUAAAAGUGAUAUUUUUUAUAAGAAAAAUGAAUAAUAGACAAAUUCCAGACAAGAAAAGAUUUAAAAAAAAUCAGUUACUCGUGGAAUUCGAACAGUAGAUACUUUGAGUGCGCGUGCUUCCUUUAAGAAAAAAAGAGACGGAGCAUUAUACAAGGACGACUUUCAAUAAAGCCUUUCGUUUCUAAGUUGCAUUCUUUCUAUGUAUUUCUUGCAGCUUUGUAUUUAUUUUUCGUUUUAACAUUUUUUAAAUAGAUUUUUGAACAGUGCCUGCAGUCGGUUAGUCAGUGCUAGUUUUAUAACUGCAAGGUCAUGAGUUCGAGCCUGAUGAACUUCAAUUUUUUUUUGACAGAACAGCUACAAAUUUGUUUUAGGAUUAAUUAUUGGCAAUAUCAGUAACACAAAAAUUAAUCCAAAAUAUCACUGAAGCCAGUAUGAAACGAAUUUUACCGUGAAGCGAUAUACUUCAGUCGAGCAAAAUUUUUGUCGAAUCCUAAGGAAGCAAUGUCAGAUGAAGAAGCCCCCUAAAUUUACAAAUUUAUAAUUCCGCAGUAAUUCUUUUCAUUACUCUGAACAAUGGGUUUGUAACGAAAUGUACAUAAUUAAGUACUUUCUCAGGAAUUUUUUGAGAAAAAAACUUAAAAAAAUGAGCAUUUAAUACAAAUCCUGAUUUUCAGAGCAUACAUUUUUUAAAAUUUUGUUAUUAAAUGAAUCUCAAUUGCCUUUUAAGAUAAAUUGAUUUUCAGUGUUUUUUAAUUCGAUUUUGUACAUCUUAAACGGGUUGGAAAUUAUUAUUAUUUUACGAAAGAAACUGUGAAGCUUAUGGUUUACGCGAGUGCAGUUUUGCAAAGAUCGUGUGGAUAAGUUGGUCGAGACACAUUGUCUGCAAAGAGAUGGUGUGGAUUUAUCGGUCUUUUACAAAGAUCGUGCCGAUUUUUUCAGAUCUUUACGAUUUGCUAACCUUAGUAAAGGUUAUUCAGGUCUAUUGUUCUUUCAAAAAAUGUCCAAAAAUGGAGAUGUCCCGAUUUCCAACCUGUCGAUCUUUUUCUAAGCAUCGUGCUGACCUGUCUAUAUCAUCAAAAAUCGUGCCAAUCUGUUCAUCUUUGCAAAAUUCCUUGUUUCGAUCUAUCGAUCUUUCCAAAGAUCGUACUGAUCGGUCUAUCUUUGCAAAGAUUGUGUCGAUCUGUCGGUCUUAUUUCGGAUUUUUUCGCUUUUUCGAUCUUUUCAAAGAUCGUACCUUCCGGUCCAUUUACAAAUAUCGUUCCGAUUGAUUCACUCGGAUUGAUUCACUUGGUGAGAAAUUGUGACAAAAAUUUCGUUAAAAACGUUUCGACUCCAGCAGACUUCAGCAGAUAUUCUUCCGGUCAGUUGAUGUUUUGAAAAGGACACGGAUCUGUCGGGCUUAGCAAAGGUCGUGCAAGUCUAUCAAUAUUUCUAAUGGAUGUGCUGUCAACCGAUCGGCCUUAUUGUGUCGAUUUAAUAAUAUUAGCAAAAAUCAUCCCAACGUAUUGAUCUUUUGUAAAGAUUGUUCCACUCUGUCGAUGUUUUCAAAAAUGGUACUAGAUUAUGCCGAUGUGUCGGCUUUUUGCCAAGAUUGUUUCACUCUGUCGAUCUUUGCAAAGAUUAUUCCGAUUUGUCGAUCUUAUCAUGGAUCGUGCAGACUGGUCUACUAUUGCAAAGAUCAUGCCGUUUAUCCAAAUUUGUUCCAAUAUGCACAAUUUUACAAAGAUCAUGCCGAUCUGUUGAUCUGACCAAGAUCGACAAGAUCGUUCCGAUAUAAACAAUUUUGUAAAGAUUGUUCCGAUUUGCCAAUCUUUUCAAUGAUCGUGUAGAUCAGUCUCUCUUUGCAAAGAUUGUGUCGAUCUGUCGAUCUUUGCCAAAAUUGUUUCGAUAUGAACAAUUUUCUGUGGAUUGUUCCGAUUUGUCGAUCUUUGCAAAGAUCGUGCUAACUGGUCUAUCCGAUCGUACCUUUCUAUCAAUUUACAAACAUCGUUUCGAUAUGAACAAUUUUUUGUAAUAGUUCCGAUUUGUCGAUCUUUCCCAAAAUUGUUUAGCUCUGUCGAUCUUUAUAAAGAUCGUGCCGUUCUGUCCAUUUAAGAUCGUACCGAUAUGAUCAAUUUAGCAGAUUUUCCCGAUCUGUCGAUCUUUGAAACGAUCAUGCCGUUAUAUCCAAAAUCAUUCCAAUGUGAACGGUUUUGGAAAGUUUGUUUUCAUCUGUCGAUCUUACUAAAGAUCAUUCAGAUUGGUCUAUCUAUGAAAAGGUCGUAUUGUUCUAUAUGUUCUAUCCUUUACAAUUUUUUUUAACGAUUUAUCGAUCUUUCAGAUCGUGCAGAUCUGAUUGUUUUUCGCAAAAUUGUCCCGAUUUGUCGAUCCUUUCAAAGAUCUUAUGCAUUUGUCAUCUUUUUCGAAGAUCAUGGUGAUCUGUCAAACUUGGAAAAUAUCGCAUCGGUAUGUCCGGUCUAUCGUGUCGAUAAAAAAAUCCUAUCGAUAUGACGAUUUUUUGUCAAAAUUGUUCUGAUUUAUCGAUUUAUCGGACUCUAUCCAAAGAUCGAAAGAUAUUGCAGGUUUGUCGAUCUUUUCCCAAGAUCGCACUGACUUGUCAAUCUUGAGCAAAAUUCAUGCCGAUCGAUCUAUCUGUCCAAAGAUCCAAAGAUCUUGUAGCUUUGUCGAUCUUUUGCUAAGAUCGCAUUUACCUGGAUCUUACCGAUCUAACCGAUCUUGAGCGAAAUUCGUGCAGAUCUGUCAAUUUGUUCCAUCAAAUCGUCGACAAUUUGUAUUUGACAGUUCAGAAAGGCAGCCAUACUUAUUCAUUCUUCGUUGCUUCAAAGCUUUUCAGAAUAUACCAAUUUCGUCAAAUCACCGCAGGAAGCGCUGUAAUUGCAUUUUUUCGAUCUUUAAGCAUUUGCUUCAUCAUGAAGCUUAUGCUUCACGUGCAUUACUUAACAAUCCAAAAGGCAAUUGAGAAUUUAACUUUUUUAAAGAGUAUUUUGCUUUAUCGGAAUGAUAGAUUUUUACCACCAAGUUGAUGGCCUUUAUAGAUAAAAAUUUGUUGGAGUCACGAGGACGAAAAAAAGGAUGAAUUUGGACAAAAGAAAGGUAUGGAAUUUUUCUAAUUAUUGCUUUUAUUUUGAAAUUGUAUAAAUUUUCUUGAGUGUUGUACAGACACAAAACACAUUACCAAUCAGCUGAGAAAAUGUUUCAGUUUUGUUUUUUUCUGUGUGAGUUGUACGGAGAAGCAGAGGGAUUUUUUCCAUAGAAGAGAUUGCAAACAGGGAAUUUUUCCAAGAAAAAAAAUCGACAUAAUUGUGUCUUCAUUGAAUUUGCUGCCAUUUUUACAUGUUAACUAAAUAUGUCCAAUUUUAUUGAGAAUAUUUAAAAAACAAAAAUACUGUAUUUUAGUCCGGAAAAGAAUUUUUCUAUCCACCAAUUUUUGAUGCAAAAGGGAUUGCUGGACAUCUCACUAACUGAUGCAUUUUCUUCAGCUGAUUGCAAAAAAAAAAGAAUUGUUGAUAUCUUUGAGAAAAAAGGGGGAAAUCCUAUUUAAAAAAAAAUUACCAGCAUAUUAAAAAUAUAAAAAGGAAAUCAUAGCAAUUUGAAAAAAAAGAAAUGGAACAAUAUUGUAUUAAAAAAAAAGAGAUUAAAAAAUUUAUUACCUAUGAGAAGCUCAUUAUUAAAAUAUUAACUCACGAUAUUGAUGUGUGUGAAAUUUAAUUUCAGUCACUUUAAAAAUUGUGAUGGAGAAAAAUUAAAUUGAUAAAAAAGAAAAUUUAAAAAAGAAAGUGAGGAGUGUGAAAAAAAAACAGAAAAGAAACAAAAUAGACUGAGAGGAAUUUAUUAUUUAAAAAAAAAAUGAAAAUGAAUAAAAGAGAAAAACUACAUUUAUUAAAUCAUAGAGAUUUUAAUGGAACAUUUCCAAUAUUUGAAAAAGGAUCAUUAAAAAAAUAUUGAAAAGAAAAAAAAUCAAAUUGACAUAGAAAAAAAUCGAGAUUUUGGGAAUAUUUUCUAUUGCUGCAAUUCUUUUUGUGAUGCACACCUUUUUUAAAGGAGAAUGAUACAAAAGACAAUUUGACAGAGUGUUAGACGUAUAAUUUAUUGUCUUAAAUUUUGAAGAUAAAAAAAAACACAAAAAAAAGAAAAAAAUGAAUGUUGUAAGAGUAGAUGAAAAAUCUUACUAAUAUCAUAAAAAUUAAGGGAAAUAAAAAGGAAACUAAUUUACUUUAUUGGAAUUCCAAAAAAUAAAAAAAAAUUGGAACUGCAGUAGAGUAAAAAAGAAUCCUGAAAAAAAGUUUAUUCUUCAGAAAAAAAAGAAACAUUUUUAAAAUAAAUCAUUUCCUCACUUAAAGGAAAAAAUAAAUAAAUCAAUUUUGAUUUAAGUGUGAUUUUACAUUGAAGCAAACAAAAAAGCAUGAAACUAUCUACUUGAAAAACAUUAUACAACUAGUGUUGAAUGGUAUAAAACAGAAAAAAAAAUGAUAAGAAAUAUUAAAAGACCCAAAAACAGAUUAAAAAUUUAUGUUUCUCUCAUGAUUUCAGACAAAAAAAAGAUCCUGAUUGAGAAAAAAGCGCGCCAUAAAGUUGUGCAAAAAUGGUCUUUUUCCUAAUAUUUCUGGAAGAAAUCAGAGAAAAAAAAAACAGAAAAGUAAUAAAGAUGCUUUAAUACUACUAUCAAA